AUUACAGACAAACAUUCGGAACAAACAGGUUUACCUCCCCCAUACAUGUCCUGUGAGUGUGUUUAUUGUCCAUGUUACAUCAGGUGCAACACAAAGAGGACUUCCCACACAGCUCAGGUAUUAAACCAAGCAAAAACAAGUCAGUUCAGCGCGUACUCCCUGAGCAACGGGUACCAAUGGAUCCAGUACGGCAGCAUCAGCAACAUCAUGAUGAAGUUCUACGGCGUGGAAGGCUUCAGCAUCGACUGGCUGUCCAUGGUCUUCAUGCUCACCUACAUCCCCUUCAUCUUCCCGGUCGCCUGGCUCCUACAAAAGAAGGGCCUGCGGGUCACCGCGCUCCUGGCCAACGUGCUGAACUUCGCCGGAUCGUGGAUCAAGGUGGCCAGCGCCAAAUCCAACCUGUUCGGGGUGACCAUGUUCGGGCAGUUCAUAAGUGCUCUGUCUCAGGUCUUCAUCCUCGGGAUGCCUUCCAGGAUGGCCUCGGUCUGGUUCGGCGCGAGCGAGGUCUCCACCGCCUGCUCUAUUGGAGUUUUGGGGAAUCAGGCAAGUUGA